UGUUUUAGCAGUUUCUUGAAAAAAAAAAAAAGUCUCUUUAAAGAAAGCUCCUUCCAAGUUCUCUCUCCAUUUUCUUUUAAUCGGUUAUUACUUCUCUAAUUUGUCUCUCAGGCACUGCUCUCUCUAUUAUCCUGUUCCUCUUUGCCUCCAUCUCUACACUAAUUUCCACGGGAUCGUGGGCUCUAUAAGAAGUGUCGAUCCCGCCUCCAGAUUCCUUUCUUCUUUUGUUCCUCUAAUUUUUCAGCAGCGGUUUAUGGGAGAUUGUCCCGCCUUUUGGUUUUCCAGAAACCGCUGGUUUUGAGAUCAAGUAGGCGAGCCUGGGUUGCGCCUGGGGCUCUGCUAUUGUCGGAUGAUCGGAGUGGUUACCAAUUUGAAAUUGAUUUCACAACAACAAACAUCUAUCGAGUACCGGACCAUGAAGUUCAGUAAGAAACCACCUCCUAGGAUUUGGAGUAAUGUACUAUCUGCAAUGCAGGACAUGUUUACAAAUUAAGCUGCAACAAUAUGCAACAUUGUUGUUUAGAGUUCCUGUAAGCUAUGAUGCAUUUUGAUCUAGCAUUUAAGUUGCCCAUCAAAGUUCAAAACAUGUGAGUGCAUGUUAUCACACUCACGAUACCUGACUAGAAGCAGGAUAUGUUGUCCACAAGAUUUGACUGGAAUGGAGACUAGAGGUUCAGAUGCUCAAGGCAUUCAAGCUGAUCUACACUUUCCAGUGUUAAAAACUUGGUGCUAUCUUUGAGAGUUAAGUCAUCCAGAGCCUACUUUGGUCAAGUCAGCAACUUGAAAGAUUAGCAAACAGAUCACAGCUACUGUUAGAAGGCAUGAUGAGAUCAAUCUGAAAAUCAGACAACCAAACCAUGUCUUUCUAAACACAUUUCUUAGAUUCUCCCGCUUGCCUCUCAACAGCCAGGAUUCUAUUUCUCUAUGUAUUGAAUUAUGUCCAUUCCUCUCUAACUGCUAUGGUGAUGCCUCAUAUCAGAUCCAGACAACCAAUCAGAACCGGUCCUUACUGUAUUCAGGAAACAACUGCUGGUGUUGGUCUUUCAGUAAAAUGGCACGUACCUUGUACUAGUAAUCAAGUAUAUGAAGAGAUUGAUGUCCAGAAAUGAAGACCACUAUCAAUCAUUAAGCUGUGGAUGUGCAAAAAGCUAUAUUGCACAUAUGGGACACAGAAACACAAUAUGCACUCAUCAGAUGCUUCAUCUGGAAGCAGAGCCAGGCUAUAGUCAACUUCAUCCUGAUCACUACAUUCUUCAAGGCCACAUUCUUGACUACGCUAGCCAAAAUAUACAUCUGGCACUGUCUGCUUCAGGAAAUGCAGCAUAUCUUGAUUGCCAUCAAUUUCUAGAUCAUCCUAAUGGAAGCAUCUAUCAUGGGAACCAGUAUAGUAAUACUCAAAAUUGUCAUCCAGUCCCAAAUCUUGAUGUAGGUGCUGUUGCUUGGACAAACAUUUAUAGUCAUUGUACUUUACCUUCAUCUUCCUCUGUCCGUCAGAAUAUUGGUUCUGCCAAUCAGCCGCCACCUUUCAUCAAUCACCAGGCUAUUGGAAUUAAUGUGGAUGAGUAUGGUAGAAGUAAUCAUUUUUCUCAAAGUGUGAGAGGAUUCUACAAAAGAAAAAAUGCGGAAGCAAUUCGAGGAAACUUCUACCGUGCCAAUGCUUCUGCAAGCUCAAAUUUGUCUUCAAUAUCUCUCUCUCAAAAUUCUAGACAGACACAUUGGGAGGAGCCAUAUGGAUCUGGUGUUAACAUGUUGGAUUCCACAACUUCAAAUUCAUCCGAUUAUCAAUUUAAUAGAACUUUACCAAGCAUGGAAGGGUCUGUUAGAAGUGUGAGGAACAGAUCUAGUUCGUUCAGUAUUCAGCCUGAAUUUGCAUUUGAACAUCAUUUUAACUAUUUACUUCCAGGGAAUUAUAUGGGCCAGUCCUAUCAUCCUGCCAGUAAUGCAUGGGUGGCACAGGCUGCAAAUAACAUUCCUAAUGGGGGAAGUUCCAAUUGGAACUAUACAUACACAAUGCCCAAUUUGCAUGGUAGAUCUGUCAGUUUAGGGGCUGUUGAGAUGGCAAAUAUGAGUGACCAAGGAUACCAGCAAAUCUCAUCCAGUUUGUGCCUUGCAUCGUUGCCUUAUUUUCAGCAACAUCCACAGCCUAUACAAAACAUGCAAAUACAGAGUCAUAGCCAUCAUGCUAGAAUACUGGCUCCUCCUUACCAGCAUCUGCUUAGCAACAUGCACCCCAGUGAUCCAAAUUCUUCUAGUAACUAUCUCCUUUCAGGUUCCAGAUUCCUAUUCUUCCCUUCAAAUGCUGAACAGGUCUAUAGGCCUUCUCGGCAGCUAGUCCAGGCAACUCCAGAAGUUAGCCAUGAAAAUGUAAGGAUCCUAACAUCAGAGGAUCCAGGUUUUGUGGAACUCUCAGGGGUAUUUGGAGCACGAAACAUUGUUGAUGAGAAUCAUGAUAUGCGACUAGACAUUGAUGGCAUGUCUUAUGAGGAACUUCUAGCCUUGGAAGAGCAGAUUGGAGAUGUCAACACCGGCUUAACUGAAGAGUUCAUCUUAAAGAAUCUAAAGACGAUCAUUCAUGGUCCACAAACGUCCUCACUGCCAAACCAGUCUCACAUAUUUGCUCCAGAGAAUGAAGCUUGCAUCAUAUGCCAGGUGGAAUAUGAUGAAAAAGAGAGGAUAGGAAUACUGGAUUGUGGUCACAACUACCAUGCUGACUGCAUAAAGCAAUGGUUGUUGGUGAAGAACUUGUGCCCAAUUUGCAAAGCAUCAGCUUUGACCAUGGAAAGAAAAGAUAAAUGAGGUUUGGAGCAGUCAAAUUAAUCGAUAUGCUUAAGAAACUCAUUUAUUUUAAUUUUGUAAAUAGGCGUGGUGGAUAAUUCUGCUCCUCACACCAUUUAAUGGCCCUUUUAGUUGAGAGGGUGAACUUUGCUCCUUAACUCUAUAAAAGCAAAAUGAAAUUGCAAUGUUUCUUUAGUGACUGGUUCAAAAGGAUCUUGAGGGUAGGCUCAGAGUAAAUUGCUGUCAUCAUAAAUAAAAGAGCUUUGUUCCCCAAAUUUAAA